AUGAAAGAUCUUCGAAGGUACUUGGCAUUCAAAUAUAUCCAAUAUCUGGUCCUACCUUCUCCAACUAUCAUCAUCUCUCUGCUAGGAUUGUUUGCCAGUCUGUAUGUUAUGCUGAUAUUCACACUACCUUCGGUAUCCAGAAAACCCACUGCAGUGUUUAUUAGCAACAUAGCUCAGGCCGAUAUCUUAGUUGGCUGCAGCAUUUUUUCUGCCAUGAUUCCAGAUGUGAUAAAAAGUGAAAUGUUAUCAGUGUCUUUUCAAUCAACCUUAAAGCAGAAUUUCCAGAUUGCAAAUGUACAUGCCAGCUCCCUUUUCCUCAGCUGUGUUAGCCUUGAGGCCUUUCUAAUAAUUUUUCUUCCAGUUGAGACUCGCCACAUAAGGAAUGUUAGAUGUGCCAAGGUAGCUUCUCAGAUCAUCUGGACUGCCAUCAUCAGUGAGUGCUUCCUUUAUCAGCUCGAAUGCUUCACAGACCUCAGCAUCUCCUCCUCUCUUGGUACUCACUGGCAACUUCUGCUGCUGCUGAAUUUCUUCCAUGGAGUCUCAAAACUGCUGAAGUCACUUAUUUUCCCAAUUGGACUACUUUUAAGGAUCUUCAAUGCAUAUCUCUUUUAUAAGGUGUAUUUCAGAAAUUUUUAUGGUUAA